CCCAGAGCCUGCGGGUGCAGCAAGAUGGCGGACGGUGACGGCUUAGGUGAAGCAGCGACUGCUGCGGCAUCUCCUCCCGCACCUGCUCCCGGCCAAAGCCUGUCCCUGGGCUGGAGGGAGCGGCUGCGGGCUGGGCUGGCUGGGACUGGGGCCUCGCUGUGGUUCGUGGCGGGACUGGGACUGCUUUACGUUCUGAGGGUCCCGCUGAGGCUGUGUGAGAAUUUGGCAGCGGUGACAGUAUUUUUAAAUUCAUUGACGCCCAAAUUCUAUGUGGCACUUACAGGAACAUCUUCUUUGAUAUCAGGACUAAUAUUUAUGUUUGAAUGGUGGUACUUCCAUAAGCAUGGCACGUCUUUUAUUGAGCAAGUAUCUGUGAGCCAUUUGCGACCUCUGAUGGGAGGAACGGAGAGCAGCAUUUCAGAGCCAGGUUCUCCUUCUAGCAACAGAGAAAGUGAAACCAGCAGACAGAAUUUGUCAGAAUGCAAAUUAUGGAGGAACCCUCUAAAUCUUUUCAGAGGAGCAGAAUAUAGGAGAUACACUUGGGUGACUGGUAAAGAGCCACUUACCUACUAUGACAUGAAUUUGUCAGCUCAGGACCAUCAGACCUUUUUCACCUGUGACACGGACUUUUUACGUCCUUCAGACACAGUUAUGCAGAAGGCAUGGAGGGAAAGAAAUCCUCCAGCUCGAAUCAAAGCAGCCUAUCAAGCUUUAGAAUUAAACAAUGACUGUGCCACUGCAUAUGUUCUACUGGCUGAGGAAGAAGCAACAACUAUUGUGGAUGCUGAAAGGUUAUUUAAACAGGCACUCAAGGCAGGAGAGACAAUUUACAGGCGGUCACAGCAGUGCCAGCACCAAAGUCCUCAGCACGAAGCUCAACUGAGAAGAGAUACGAAUGUACUGGUAUAUAUUAAAAGAAGAUUAGCAAUGUGUGCAAGAAAAUUAGGAAGAAUAAGAGAAGCAGUAAAAAUAAUGAGAGAUCUGAUGAAAGAAUUUCCUCCUCUUACCAUGGUGAACAUCCAUGAGAAUCUCCUAGAAUCACUUUUAGAAUUACAGGCCUAUGCAGAUGUUCAGGCAGUCCUAGCAAAAUAUGAUGAUAUAAGCCUUCCAAAGUCAGCAGCAAUCUGUUACACAGCAGCACUAUUGAAGACAAGGACUGUUUCAGAUAAAUUCUGUCCUGAAACAGCCUCCAGAAGAGGGCUAAGCAUGGCAGAAAUUAAUGCUGUGGAAGCAAUUCAUAGAGCUGUGGAAUUUAAUCCUCAUGUUCCAAAAUAUUUACUAGAGAUGAAGAGUCUAAUUUUACCUCCAGAACACAUUCUGAAACGAGGUGAUAGUGAAGCAAUUGCCUAUGCUUUCUUCCAUCUUCAGCAUUGGAAGAGAAUAGAAGGUGCUCUGAAUCUGUUACAGUGUACGUGGGAAGGCACUUUUAGAAUGAUUCCAUACCCUUUAGAGAAAGGCCAUCUAUUUUACCCUUAUCCCAGCUGCACAGAGACUGCUGAUAGAGAGCUAUUACCUACCUUUCAUCAUGUUUCUGUUUACCCAAAGAAGGAGCUUCCUUUUUUCAUCCAUUUCACAGCAGGACUGUGUUCUUCUACAGCAAUGAUAGCUCUUCUCACACACCAGUUUCCUGAAAUCAUGGGUGUUUUUGCUAAAGCUGUGGAGCCCCACCCUGUUUCUAUGCCCAGAUUUGCUCCGAGCCACUUGACUCUCCAGGAAUGACAGUGAUGGCUGAAAACAAACAGAACCAAAGACAGCUGUGGUUCCUGGCUCUAUCUCACCCAAGUCCUGAGUGCUGAGUCUGCAGAGAAGAGCCUGCAAGCCCAUGAUAGUAACCAGAGGAAGAGCAGUUCUUUUGCACUAAAGGUUGUUCCUAGUCUAACCUGUCUGAACCUGAAAUAUGAGCCAAGCCAAGAUGGUGACUUCUACUCUUUGGGGGCAAUAACAAAUCACUUUCCAGCAUCCCCAAGAAUUCCACCACAAAUAUCUGGACCAGAUUGAAAAACAAUUUGCUGCUUUCUGCUAGUGGUUAGCCCUACUAAGAUCUCUUUCCUUGCUUCCCCAACUCCACUGUAGAAUCUUCAGUGGCAGCACACUGGAUAUAGUCUUUCAAGGCCACUCAUGGUCUGAUCCUCACCUUUCUUUCUACCUCUAGUCUCCUCAUCCCAAACCUUCACUCAGUCAGAUUCAUCAUACCUCUCGGUUCCUAGAACAAUCAUGUACUUUCCCACCUACCACUCUGCUUAUUGCCCUUCUCUUCUCUCUAGGUUGUCCAGGUGAUCCCUACACCUCGAGAAAUUGCUUAAGUUCCACAUUUUCCAAUAAGCUUUUCUUGGUUUCUCCAGCUUUGUGUCUUCUGCAAUUGCAUAUGUCCACCGAUUGAUUACAUCUUAUUUCUUCAGCCAGAUCAUAAACAGUCAGAGACGUAGGGUUCCUCCACCUCAUGCUUGUGUACAGCCCAUACAUUGCUUGGUAUUGAAAACGGGUGACUCAUUUAAACAAUCCCUGAAUAAUACCUACUGUACCCCAGAUGCUGGGGAUAUAAAAGAGUGAGAAAUGACCUCUCCUCUGCUUGGGUAGCACUGGGACUGGUGGCUUGAGGCAUUCAUUAUCAAUCUUAUUAUAAGACGUUCACGUCGAGAGGAGACUGAUGCCUCGCAAAGUACCACUUCCCUAACUCCUGUGGCUGAGCAGACUAUGAUUGACCAGGGGUGCCUGCACCAAGAACUGGGGCUCCUUGUCCUUACCUGCUUUCCUUACUCACCUGCA